AUGGACUCGAGACGCGCCGAAACACUCCAGGCGCUGUCGGCCUACGUAGAACACCAGAGAACAUUGCUCGCGCGCACACAGGCCGACAUCGAGAGACUCAAACAGCUCAAGACCGGGAGAAGAUCCUCCCAUUUGAAUGCUACCAUCCGAGUCUACCCAACACCGCUGCGGACGCUCGCCAUUCGAACUCGCUUGCACCACACUCAAUGCAGCGUGCCCCAACCAACCCAGCGUUCCCCCCUGUCUGCCCUUCAGAGAUUUGUAAAGGAUGCUCGCAAGAUUAUCAUUGACCCAGUCCUCGAAAGCAUAUGCGGCAACCCCCACACAAGCGAGGCCGAUCCUAUAUCUACUACUAAUUCACUCCACGAACUCGAUUGCUUAACCACCACUACCACCACUCUACCUGCUUCGCUAUCUGAAGACGAAUCUCAACAACCCACCCCACUCGUACAAGAAUCAGCUACUGCCACUCGGAAGCGCGAGCGGGCUUGCGCCAAGAUUCGCGAGCUUAAGAAACGCAAAGUGAGACCCGACUUAGUGGUCGGGUGCAAGCUUGGAGAGGAGGGCUCAGACUCGGUGUUCGUGCGCCAUGACAUGGAAGACGAAAGUGCUGCAGUUGACGUCAGCGUCGAUACGCCCGCUGUGACACCUGUGGACGGAUCUUUCGUCCAAGAGGAUACUGCGGAAACGAAGGGCAUGGACACCUGUCUCGUGACACCUUCAGAACAGGCAGGCUGCAGUGGCAGUAGUAGAAGCAACAGCGGACCACCUGUCUACACGGAUACAUUCUCGCGGCCAUCACGCACCCGGAAGCCAUCAUUGAAAUUGCAAUCCCAGGAUUUCGGAGAGCCCAGAGGCUCUUCGCCUUUACAACCUCCAACUCCUUCAUUGGGGAAGCGCUCCCGGGAUGCAUGCGAAGUCAAGACCUCAACUCGCAAACCCAAGACAGAACAGCUAUCUCCCGUCACGGAACUAACCGUAGAGGCAAGCAAACUCCGUUCAGACACGUACAAACAGGCAUGGUCGAUAUCCGAGCAACAUCUCCUCGAGCGCCUUCUGGAAGAGAUUCCUGAUGGAGAGAGAAAUCGCUGGGCGAAGAUAUCGCAAGCGAUGGGAGGACGGAGGACACCGAGACAAGUGGCGAGUCGUGUUCAAAAGUACUUUGAGAAGUUGAAACGAUUCGGACUUGACGUAGAUAACGGCAAAGGCAGCGUAGGCAAUUGA